AUGGAUGGAAUAUCUAGAGCUCAUUUUGCAGAGUUUGAGUAUCUCUUGCAGCAGCGCUACCCGGACUUGCCUCUCGCCGAAGCUUACCUGAGAUAUCACCAAGACAAAUUGGCCCCUUUUGCGAAAGAGUCAGAUGCAAUUGAGGCGCUAGUUCGCAAAUUAUGCCGGCCAGCAGAUAUUGCCAGUGAUGCUGGUGGGAUAAUCUGGCGUAUUGGGAAGAACAUUGUGGAGCAACAUUCGGAGCCAAACCGGCCUAAUGCCGACCUUCCUGUCGCAGAAGUCGGCUCGGAUGAUAUCUCCACCCAGAUGCAGCUGGAGAUAGUCAAGAAAUUGAUGCACCAAACCGCGCGGUCCGAUAAUUCACUAGAUCUCAGUCUAGAUACUGUGGUGACAAACGCUGCUCUCAUGACGGGCAGGGGCUCAAACAUUAUUUCAACUUCGACGGAAAACGUGGUCAGGGAAAUCAACGGCAUCAAUAUCAUUGGACAGUCACUCGUUGAUCAUAUCAACUACUAUGGACGCUGGAUGCAGACGGUUACAUCCAUUCAAAUCGCUCAAGCGAACCAGGCAAUCCAGGCCUUAAAUGUGAUUAGUGAUCAUCUCAAUGACGGUAAUAGCAUUCAAGUUUCGGGUGCUGGUGGACCCGAUGGUUUUGCCAAACCCGUCUAUGAUUAUAUCCAAAAAAGGAUGAAUGAUGUCGAUACGGCAGAGUUGAAAAACCAUCGUUUUUUCGUCUACCACCCUGACACGAAUUGGUAUGGGGCUUUUCAUAGGAUGAUCAGGGGUAACCCUCUACCACCUGAAUUCUGUGCCAAGGCAGAUAAUCUGGAUACGAUAUGUCGAUUCAUGGAAGAUGUUAGGCGAACUUUAAUAGACGAGUCGGUGAACGGGAAGAAUGUUGUCUUCCACCUUCUUUGUCCAUCUUGGUACACUAUCUCUAUCAAAGAGCCCCUUCAUUUCCCAGACAGCCUUAGCCCAUUACGAGUUGAGGGAGAGAAACAUAAGGGCAAGGAGCUGGUUGAGCUCAAUCUUCCGGCAGCCCCUGCUGGGCUCCUGAAUGGGGUUGCAAAUGUUCUUGACGCCAAUGGGUGGAACAAUAUCGCACGGGGAGCUUCUGUCGCCACAACAAUCCCAGCAGUAGGUUGGGGUAUUAAUGGUGCCUGUCUCGCGUUUGGACUCGGAGUGGGAGCGGUCACGGGGCUGGGGGUGUUCGUUGCCAUGCCACUAUGGUUUGGCACUGCAAUGCCGGCUAUGGGUGCGGCAGCUCCGAUUAUCGAUGAAGCUGUGUAUAAUGCUCUGUGCGAGGAGGCGCCACGAGUGCUAGGAUCUACUAAUCGUUUAAAUAUACCAAGAAGAUAUGCCUGA